AUGAGACUCGCCGACAUCAAGCAGGCCGCAGGCCUACCCGACCACCUCAACGGCGACACCGUACCCGUCCCCAAACGCGUCGGCCACACGGGCCAAAACGUGUGGAAACAACUUUUCAUCAGCCCCACCCGACCCGUCCUCCACAUCACCAUAUGCGCCCUCGGCCUCCAAUUCUUCCAACAGGCGAGUGGGAUAGACGCGGUCGUGAUGUACAGCCCGAGGAUCUACGAGAAGGCGGGAAUCACUAGCGACGAGAAGAAGCUCCUCGCCACCAUAGCUGUCGGGGUAUGCAAGACCAUCUUCAUCCUCAUCACCACAUUCAUGGUCGACAGAAUCGGACGCCGAGUCCUUCUGCUCACCAGUUGCGGAGGCCUGGUUUUAUCCAUGCUCACGCUCGCCACUGGCCUAACAGUAAUCGACCGUUCUGAAGGGUCCGACAACUUGGGAUGGGUUGUCGUGAUAUGUGUUCUAAUGACGUACACGUCCGUGGCAUUCUUUUCCAUGGGGAUGGGCCCGAUCGCAUGGGUCUACAGCUCGGAGAUUUUCCCUCUGCACCUGAGGGCUCAGGGUUGCGGGUUGGGUGUCGCCAUCAACCGAGCCACGAGCGGUGUUAUUCUGAUGACGUUCAUAUCGCUCUACAAAGCGAUCACCAUUGGGGGGACGUUUUUUUUGUUUAGCGGAGUUGCGACCGUCACUUGGAUCUUCUUCUUCACGUUGUUGCCGGAGACGAGGGGGAGGAACUUGGAGGACAUGGAGGCCUUGUUUGGCGGUUUCUUUAAUUGGAGGAGGACUAUGAAAGAGUUGCGGGAUAAGGAGGUCUCCCAUGCCCAAGGAGAUGAUUAA